AUGAAGAAUCAAAACGGCAGCCCACGAAUAAACCAUCACAAUCACAAGAAUCACAGCAGCAGCUGUAGUAACAGAUAUCGGAACGGGAAAAAGGGAGAGUGGAUCUCUGCGCUGUGGAUGCGCUGCUCUCUGCGGGAUUAUGGCUUCUGUAUGGGAACGCUGCUGCUCUUCUGCCUCGGGUCUCUUUUCUACCAGUUUAACGGAGGACCUCCUGGUGUCCUGCUGGAGAUUAGACAGUAUCUCGGUGAAUCCACAUUUAUGGAUGACCACGGGCCACCUGUCCCAAAGGUGCUACAGUUUCCCAGUCAGGUGAUCUACAAUCGAGUUGGGAAGUGUGGCAGUCGCACAGUGGUGCUGCUUCUCAGGAUCCUGGCUGAGAGACAACAGUUUAACCUGGUCUCCUCUGACAUCCAUAACAAAACCAGGCUAACUAAGCAUGAGCAGGUCAGUGUGUGUAUGGAUUUGAUGACAAACAUAAGCACAAUCCCACAGCCUUACCUCUUCACCAGGCAUGUUCACUUCCUCAACUUCACCAGGUUCAGGAUAGAGCAGCCUGUCUACAUCAACAUCAUCCGAGAUCCCAUUAACCGCUUCCUCUCCAACUACUUCUUCCGCCGGUUUGGAGACUGGAGGGGUGAGCAGAACCACCUGAUCCGGACCCCUCGGAUGAAGGACGACGAGAGAUACCUGGACAUUAAUGUAUGUAUCCUGGAGAACUAUGCAGAGUGUUCAAAUCCUCGCCUGUUCUACAUUGUGCCUUAUUUCUGUGGUCAACAUCCUCAGUGCAGGGAACCGGGUGUAUGGGCACUUGAGAGGGCCAAACAGAAUGUUCUGGAGAAUUUUCUUCUAGUUGGAAUUUUGGAGGAGCUAGAAGAUGUGCUGCUCCUGCUUGAGAGACUGCUACCUCACUACUUCACUGAUGUGCUGACCAUCUACAACAGCCCAGCUUUCUGGAAGGUGGGCAACCUAACAGGCACCGUGAAAAAGCACAUGCCCACGCUGGAAGCCCUACAGGUGCUCUACCGCCGCAUGAAGUACGAGUACGACUUCUACAACUUCGUGCGUGACCAGUUCCAUCUGACCAAGAAGAAGAUCGGCCUCAAGUCGUCCCACCCAAGCCCCGCCCAUGACCUUGACUUCUUGCACGAGCUUUCCCUCCAAACCAACGAUCCUUUGGAGGAGGACGACCAAGACGAAGAGGAGGAAGACGAUACAGCUCUGGAGGAUGCCAACAACUGGUUUGUGCAGCCUUGAACGCUGGGGUGGAGGCAUAGCUGGCAUCUGGUCGGCUUCAGGAUAUGGAGUUAGCAUUCCCAAGAGCAUUUUGGGUGUGUGUGCAUAGACGUGAUCGGUAAAUACCCGUGUUUUCUACGGGACGGCCCUCGGGACACUCCGCACUUCCAGACGGAAGGUGCAGGUGCAUGGAUGGACGGGCUUGAUUAAAUAUAUUUAAAGAGACUGAUGGUGUUUCAAGAAUUUUAAUGGAUUGUCUAUUCACAAGGCUUUUUGCUUUGUAUAAAAAUAAGAACAAUUUAAGGUUCAGAGGAAGAAAAAAAACAUAAUAGACAGCAAAAGAGGUUGUUACCCCCC